CUCAUCACCAAUGAUGCUCACAGCCAGCUGCAAUGCCUGACAAUAGUCGUCCGACGAUCUACUCGCAGCUUCACCAGGCUCAAGCCUCACUCGAGCGGCUGAGAGGCGUGCCUGCGCAUCGCUUUCACCUUCUUGACGAGCAGGUAGGCUCGGCUCUUCAGGCUUCCUCAUCGUCUUCGACGGCUGCGCAGCCUUCUCUUUCACGGCACAACUUCCAAAAGGUCAUCUCCUCGCUGCGACAGGCAACUCGCUCCUUUGCGAACACGACAGUCAAGGACGUGCAAGCUCAGUCAGCUGGUCAAGAAGCACUGUCAGGCACGUCAUCGUCGUCGUCGUCCAACUUGGAUCGUUACACCUCACUCCUACGUGAGCAGUCGCAGCACGUCGCUCAGCUCGCCUCCUCUCUCGAUCCGCUUGAAGACCUAUCCAAGCUGAUCGGUGAGGCAGACUCUCGAGUUCUGCCACCAGCCCUGCAUGUAGGACCUCUGCGUCCCUCAAGGAUAGCUGCGGGGAAAAGGAAGCGCGACGACAGCCCCGAGACGUUGCAGCCAGCUUCGGUCGACGAAGCCGCCGCUAUAAUGGCCGCCCUCUCUUCUUCCAUCGACACGCUAGCCAAGGCUUUGGGCUUGGAGACCUUUGCGGAGGCUCACACCGUCGACACCGCCAAGGCAGACAGUGACGAGUACGAGCUGCAUACCCACACUCUCACCCAGGGAGGCCGAAUUCUUGUCAUUGACCUCGAUCUUGGCGCAUCAAAGCGUCAAGGCAUGGUGCUACCUCUCGUCAAGGUACGCGUGUCCUUUGCGACCGACAAUUCAACGGCAGCAUCCAACAGCAUGGCCAACUCUCCACCACCGAAGCUCUCCGAGUCAGGCAGUCAUGCUUCUAAGCUGUCUGCAUCUGACUCGAGCAACAGCCUGCACUUUAAACAUGCCAAGCUGGCUAACGCACUGCGACAGGAUCUUGGAGACAUUGCUCAGCUCCUCUUCGGCCUCUCCCAAGAUGGUGAGGGACAGACAGACGGCGGCAUGUCUACUGAGGAGCGCCGUAUUCGCCAGGCUGUUGCGGCGUGGCAGAAACUGAGAAAAAGCAUUGCCGCUCUCGCGCGAAUCGAUCGAUUGAGCAGUAGUAGCGCCAGUAACGGAGGCAAGGAGCCCGUCAACCUCUUUACUCACAUUCGUCAAGUGGGAGAAGCAGUCUGUCACGCUGCAAGCAAGCCAGAAGAGCUGCCCUGCGGCCCGAUCAGCGUCACGGAGGCGGCGCCGUUGACUCGCAUACUGUUGUCUUCACAAGCCCCAAAGAUGCCACCACUUGCCCUCGACCUGAGCAUCGACGAGUACGACCGAUCUGAGGGCGGCGAACAGCUGCAACGCGACGAGCAGCUUGGUACCCUGCCAUCGUCGCAGCUGAGCUUCGUAGCAAGAUUGGAACCGCCGCUUGUGCUGCCAAGACGGCUAGCGGCAAGGUUGGGAAACAUCGUGGGAUUGGCACCGACAUCGACAGCCUCGCUGAACAGUAGACGGGACGACCAAGACAUUACGGCGCUCCUGGGAUCGUCAAAUGGAGCAACAAAAGACCCGUCGUCGUACGAUUCGCUCCUCUGCCAGCAGCCUGGACCCUCCCUACCACCGUCACAGUCAGUUUCCUCCCAGCAGGUCACGCUUCGACCCUCCCUCUUCCACGCUCCAAGUCCAGCAAUCCUCGUCUCUUACUUUCCCUUCUCAACUCUUCGCCAGCUCUGGGAGGCAGUCGGUGUGCUACAGCAAGGUUGCGCGCUUGCUAGGCUGCUGAGGCCGGUGGUGAUGCGAUGCGUCGAUCAAGAAGCGGCUGCGGCACAGACAAAUCAAGCGAAUCAAGCACAAGCAGAAGUCACGCUGGAUGAUUUGCUUCGUCCCCCUUCGGGGCCUACCGUGAUGGAUCUUACGUUGGACGAUGCCCGUCACGCCGCAAGCACAGGCAUCAACCUCUCCUCUCACCUCUUUGACUCCAAAUCGGGGCAGAUGCUCCAUCUCUCUGCGACGAUCCGCUACAAAGUCCACGAAAACGAGUGGAAGAUCCAGGCGAGGGUGGCCCGCGACUCCUUCAUGCUUGGAGGCAGGGGUCAAGGCUUUGUUGCAAAGGAGAUGGACGAGCAACGAGCUGCAGACAUCUCAGCAAAGCUGGCCUCAUCAGGGGGCUUGACUGAUGCUUGCGAGGACAUUGUGAGGUGGGCGAAGGGAGAAGAGGCUGAGAAGGGGAGUCUGACUUUUGAGCCGCCAGGUGCGGUGGUCGGGGCUGAGGAGGAAGAUGCCAUCAUGGAGUCCGUAGACGUGCCAGCAUCAGCGACAGCGCUGUGCGCUGCGGAGGAAGACGCUACCAUGGCAUCGAAGGGUGCAGAGGCAGCUGUCGCUACGAAAGAGGAAGCGGUACCAUCAGCUCCCAAACAAGAGGAGGAAGACGCUCCCUUGCCCUCUUCAUCAACAGCCGCUCACUCGAAGCCAGCGAGGGGCUCUUCUCCCCCUUCCGGCCGUCCAAUCCUACCCCGUCGUAGAUCGAGCCAACGCUCCGCUGACGGUACCACCGGCAACGAAGUUGCCAAUUCGCGCUCGCCACCUCCUCCUCUCACUAUGCGGGGCACUUCACCCCCUGCGUCGAGCAGCUCAGCAAAACUUGCCUCGCCUACGUCGCCAACCACGGGGAUGAAGAGGAGGGGUAGUCGACAGGGGACGGGAGAGGACGAUGCUGCAGCCCCACGCAGGUCGCCUACAACGAGGAGAAAUGCCGUCAAGAGGGAGCCGGAUGAACCAAUUCUGGGGCAGCGGCAGAGCUCACCUACGUCUGGGGCUGGGGCCGGUGGGCCGGCGACCAGGAGGAGAAGUCAUAGUUCGAGGGGGACGGGAGUCUGACGCUGCCGUGCAGGUAUUGGAUCUGACUGGGGCACUCGAAUGUCAUGAUACUGCUGUAUAAUCGAUCACGUCCGGUCGCUUGA